GCAUCUUAACAGAAACCAAAAUAACAAUUGUUGACGGAGAUCGGGAUGGUGCGAGAUGACGAAAGUGAGAGAUUCACUCUUUGAUUCUAUUGCACUCACAUCCCUGAUCAGAGUCGCCGGAGAGCGGCGGACUCAACCUUCAUAGUGGGGACGAGAAGACGAGGGAGAGGGUGGCGGAGGUGAAGCGAUAUGAAAGGGUACGGCUCCGGUGGAGUGUCUGCCGCCGCGCAGCAUGUGGCGAAGCGGAGGUGGAAAGGGCAGGUGGCGGCCGUGUUCGCACUGUUCGUAUUCUCGCUGCUCGUCCCCCUCGCUUUUCUCCUCGGCCUCCACAAUAGCUUCCCUUCCGGAUACAUGGCGGAUGAUCGCUCCCAGCAGGAAAGUAGCUUUGAGACUUACCGCAACGUUGAUCGUGGACGAGAGCGGUUUCCCUCGGAGGGUGAUCAGCAGAAACUUCCUAACCACAAGGACAAGUUUGCACCGGUCUUACCGAAGGGUGUUGAUAGUGUGCCUCCUGAGGAAUUGAACAAGAGAAUCAACAAAACUGUCAGCCCACUGUCCACAUUAGAAUCCAAGAAUGAUAGGUCUCAGGCUACUGCAAAGGACAACAAAUCCAAGACAAAAGGUCUUGUUGAUAGUAGUGGUCCUUUAAGAAAGCCUCCAUCUUCCAGUGCUAAAACUGGUGUAGAAGAUAGAAAGCAGAACCCUGACAGAGGUUUUAGUGCUUAUGAGACUGACAUAUCCUGUGAGCAUGAAUUUGGAAGCUAUUGCCUUUGGUCCAGGAAACAUAGAGAAGUUAUGAAAGAUUCUAUUGUGAAGAGACUCAAGGAUCAGUUAUUUGUGGCAAGAGCUUAUUACCCAAGCAUUGCAAAAAUUCAGGGAAAGGAAACCCUUGCUCGGGAACUGAAAAUGAAUAUUCAAGAUCAUGAGCGAAUGCUUAGUGAAGCAGUUUCUGAUCCUGAUCUACCACCACUUGUGGGGAAGAAGAUUAAGAACAUGGACAAUGUUAUUGCAAAAUCCAAGUCAUGCCGUGUUGAUUGUAAUAAUGUUGAUAGAAAACUUAGACAGAUACUUGAUCUGACAGAAGAUGAAGCUCAUUUUCAUAUGAAACAAAGUGCAUUUCUCUAUCAGCUUGGUGUCCAGACCAUGUCCAAAACUUUUCAUUGCCUUCUAAUGAGACUGACUGUAGAGUUCUUCAAAUCUCCAUCAGUAAAUAUGCAGCAUUCUUCUGCUUAUAAAAUUGACAAUUCAAACUAUGUGCACUAUGUUAUCUUUUCAAGAAAUGUACUAGCACUAUCAGUUACUAUCAACUCUACCACAAUAAAUUCUGAGGAACCCAAUAGCAUGGUCUUCCACGUGCUGACUGAUAAACAAAACUUUUACUCUAUGAAACAUUGGUUUGCCAGACACUCAUAUAGGGAAGUGACCAUUCACAUUCUGAACUUUGAUGAGCUCAAGUCUAAUCAUUUUUCCAACAUGGGUUUGGGAGAGCUUUCAAUGCCGGAGGAGUUCCGUAUCUCCAGUCACACUACUACACAACCAUCCCCUUUGCAGAUGAACACAGAAUACCUGUCAGUAUUCGGUCAUUCCCAUUUUCUUCUUCCUGACGUGUUUAAGAAUUUAAAGAAAGUGAUUCUUUUGGAUGAUGAUGUGGUUGUUCAGAAAGACAUUUCCUUUUUGUGGAAUCUUAAUAUGGGUGGAAAAGUAAUAGCUGCGACUGAAUUCUGUGAAGUGAAAUUGGGUCAGCUGAGAUCUUACCUAGGUGCUACUGGGUAUGACAAUAAUUCCUGUGCCUGGAUGUCUGGUAUAAACAAAAUUGACUUGGAGAAAUGGAGAGAACUAGAUAUUACUGGAGUUUAUCAAAGUCUUGUCCAUAAGUUGAAACAGAAAAAUGAUGCACAAUGGAGAGCUGCUGCACUUCCAGUGAAUUUACUUGCUUUUCAUGGUCACAUAUAUACACUAGAUAAUACUUUAAUCCAGCAAGGACUUGGCCAUGAUUAUGGAGUCUCUGAAGAGACUGUACAGAAUGUUGCAGCAUUGCAUUAUAAUGGAAACAUGAAGCCUUGGCUCGAUCUAGCAAUUCCAAAGUACAAGAAAUACUGGAAGAGCUACCUUACACGAGAUGAGCGUUAUAUGGAGGAAUGCAAUGUUAAUCCAUAGUUUGAGAUGCAAACUGGCAGUAGUAGAACUGAAUCAGAGAGAAGGAAACAAGCAUGGCUGCCUCUUUUUUUGCUGCAACUUGCAGCAAGACAUCAGCAGAUACUUCCAACUGUCAAGAGUCACCCCAAUAAAAGUCAGAAAAGAAGUUUCUUUUAUUGUUGAUUCUUGAACACGCAGAAGUCAUCCAGCAACACAAAGAUUGUUUUUUCUUCAGAUUCUUGACCUCAGAGAAAUUUGUAGAGAAGAUAGGCUCCAAGAGUUGGUAUUGUACAAUUGUUUCAGGUAAGUUCACAAAUUGACUGUUAUUAUAUCAUUCAUUCUUUAGUCUGAAGAGUAGUGGGUUGGCACUAUAGUUGGAUUGAUGCCAUCCUCGAAACAAUGUAGAUCCAUUUUGGCCCUCCUAUUAUUUCUUCCUUCCCAUGUUUCCAUUGCCUUGUGCAAUAAGGGUUGGCAUCUCCCAUUAGCAAUUCUUUUUUCUCUAAUGUUACACAUGGAAAUGCAUUUAUUCUUGACGAACUGGUGCCCAAUUAACUUGGUAAUCAGAAACGAUUUUGUAUUUAAUUAUACUAGCAAUUACAAGCUUGCAUUUUGAUA